AACAAGAGUCGACUCCAUAUCCUUCUUCAACAAGCAAAGGAAAAAAUGGAAAUCGAAUCGGUUAGAUGCGAGUGUUGUGGACUGAAAGAAGAUUGCACCCAAGAUUACAUCAAUGAUGUUAAGGCCAAAUUCGACGGGAAAUGGCUCUGCGGGUUGUGCUCGGAAGCCGUUCGAGAUGAAGUGAGUAGGAGCAAGAAGAAGCAAUUCGGCGUCGAAGAAGCCGUCGAAGCUCACAUGUCGUUUUGCAGCACAUUCAGAUCGAAUCCGGCCGUUCGAGUGGCGGACGGUAUGAGGCAGUUGCUGAGAAGGUCGGGGAUAAUUCACCUUCUUCCUCUAAGAAGGUAACAAGAUCAGCUACCACAAAACUGUACUAAAGAUGGAAGGGAGGAAAGGCCUUUACCUUGGAUGGAAUAAUAUUGGUAGCUUUACCUUUUACAACUUGUCUUGUGCAGGUGAAUGUUGUUUCAAU